AUCAGGACCCUGGGGGUCCCUGCUCAGGGCUCUCUGUCCUUCCCCUGCAGACGUGACCGGCCCCAUGCCCGACGCCUACAGCCCGCAGUACGUGGAGGCAGCCUGGUACCCGUGGUGGGAAAGCCAGGGCUUCUUCAAACCCGAGUACGGGCGGCAGCGCGUCUCGGAGCCGAACCCCAAAGGGCUCUUCAUGAUGUGCAUCCCGCCCCCCAACGUCACCGGCUCGCUGCACCUGGGCCACGCGCUCACCAACGCCAUCCAGGACGCCCUGACCCGCUGGCACCGGAUGCGUGGCGAGACCACGCUGUGGAACCCGGGCUGCGACCACGCCGGCAUCGCCACACAGGUGGUGGUGGAGAAGAAGUUGUGGCGGGAGCGGGGGCAGACGCGGCACGACCUGGGCCGGGAGGCGUUCGUCCGCGAGGUCUGGAAAUGGAAGAACGAGAAGGGCGACAGGAUCUACCAUCAGCUCAAGAAGCUCGGCUCGUCCAUGGACUGGGAUAGAGCCUGCUUCACCAUGGACCCGAAACUGUCCUACGCUGUCCAGGAAGCCUUCGUCCGGCUGCACGAGGAGGGGGUGAUCUACCGCAGCAAACGCCUGGUCAACUGGUCCUGCACCCUGCACUCUGCCAUCUCCGACAUCGAGGUGGAUAAGAAGGAGCUGUCCGGCCGGACCCUCCUGCCCGUCCCUGGGUACAAGGACAAGGUGGAAUUUGGGGUGCUGGUGUCAUUCGCCUACAAGCUCGAGGACUCAGACGAGGAGGUUGUCGUGGCGACGACGCGGGUGGAGACCAUGCUGGGGGACACGGCCGUGGCGGUACAUCCUCAGGAUUCCCGCUACCAGCACCUCCAUGGGAAGCGCGUCCUGCACCCCUUCACUGGGCGGCGCAUGCCCAUCGUCUGCGACGACUUCGUGGACAUGGGCUUCGGGACUGGCGCGGUGAAGAUCACCCCGGCCCACGACCACAACGACUACGAGGUGGGGCAGCGCCACGGCCUGGACUGCGUCACCAUUAUCGACGACAGCGGGUGCCUCAUCAACGUGCCUCCCCCCUUCCUGGGUAUGAAGCGGUUCGAGGCCCGGGGGGCUGUGCUCGAGGCCCUGAAGCAGAAAGGGCUGUUCAAGGAAGUCAAGGACAACCCCAUGGUGGUACCGGUGUGCAGCCGCUCGAAGGACGUGGUGGAGCCGCUGCUGAAGCCGCAGUGGUACGUGCGCUGCGAAGGGCUGGCUCGGGGGGCGGCCGACGCUGUGCGCCGCGGGGACCUGCGCAUCCUGCCCCCCUUCCACUGCAAGACCUGGUUCCAGUGGAUGGACAAUAUCAGGGACUGGUGCAUCUCCCGGCAGCUGUGGUGGGGCCACCGCAUCCCAGCCUACUUCGUCACCAUCGACGACCCCUCGGUGCCCCCAGGAGAGGACACGGACGGCCGAUACUGGGUGAGUGGGCGGAGCGAAGAGGAGGCCAAGGACAAAGCGGCCAAGGCCUUUGGGGUGACCACGGACAAGAUCUCACUAAGGCAAGACGACGAUGUCCUGGACACCUGGUUCUCCUCUGGCCUCUUCCCGUUCUCCAUCUUCGGCUGGCCCAACGCCAGCGAAGACCUGAAGGUUUUCUACCCGGGGACCCUGCUGGAGACGGGCCAUGACAUCCUCUUCUUCUGGGUGGCGCGCAUGGUCAUGCUGGGGUUGAAGCUGACGGGCAAGCUGCCCUUCCGUGAGGUUUACCUUCACGCCGUUGUCCGGGACGCCCACGGCAGGAAAAUGAGCAAGUCGUUAGGCAACGUCAUCGACCCGCUGGAUGUGAUCAGUGGGAUCACGCUGGAGGGUUUGCACGCGCAGCUCCUGGAGAGCAACCUGGAGCCGGCCGAGGUGGAGCGAGCCAAGCAGGGCCAGAAAAGCGAUUACCCCGCCGGGAUCCCAGAGUGCGGCACGGACGCCCUGCGCUUCGCCCUCUGCGCGUACACCUCCCAGGGCCGCGACAUCAACCUGGACGUGAAUCGUAUCCUGGGCUACCGGCACUUCUGCAACAAGCUCUGGAACGCCACCAAAUUCGCCAUCCGCGGCCUGGGGGCCGAGUUCCAGCCCCCGCCGGGACCGGAGCCCAGCGGCGCCGAGAGCCUGAUCGACCGCUGGAUCCUGAGCCGGCUCAGCCUGGCCGUGGAGCUGAGCGACGCCGGGUUCCGGGCCUACGACUUCCCGGCCGUCACCACGGCCGUCUACAACUUCUGGCUCUACGAGCUCUGCGACGUCUACCUGGAGUGCCUGAAGCCCGUGUUCGCCGAGGGGGGCGCGGCUGCGGUGACGGCCGCCCGCUGCACCCUCUACACCUGCCUGGACGUCGGCCUGCGGCUCCUCUCCCCCUUCAUGCCCUUCGUCAGCGAGGAGCUGUUCCAGCGCCUGCCCCGCCGCGCCCCCCACGCCCCCCCCAGCAUCUGCGUCACCCCCUAUCCCAGCCCCGAGCAGGUAACCCGUGGGGCGGGAGUGGGGGCACCCCCUCUCCCCGUCGUCCCCUCCCCAGGUUUCCUGCAGUGCCUGGACUCGGGCGCGGCCGACGCCGCCAGCCGCUGCUCCGCCUACAUCCGCAGCCUCUCCUCCUCCGGCCUGGUGCGGGUGCUGGGCCCGGGUGAGGCGCCCCCUGCUGGCUGCGCUGUGGCCGUCGCCUCCGACAAGUGCACCGUCCACCUGCUGCUCAAGGGUCUGAUCGACGCGGAGAAGGAGAUUUCCAAGCUGGCCGGGAAGCAGGGUGAGCUGCAGAAGCAGAUCGAGCGGCUGCGGGAGCGGAUGGGAACCCCCGAUUACGGCACCAAGGUGCCCCCCAAGGUCCAGGAGGCCGACGCUGCCAAGCUGCAGCAGAGCCGGACCGAGCUGCAGAAGGUGACGGAGGCGGUGGAGACUUUCCAGAGGAUGAUCUGAGACGGACGGCCCCCGCGGCUCCUCCCCCAGCUGGGGGGCGGCUCAGUCACCCUCCCCUGCUGUUCUCUGAUUUCCCCCCACCCCCCGCCAAAU